CCAGGGGACCGAUGGCUUCGGAGGGCCUGGCAGGGGCGCUGGCGGCGGUGCUGGCGGGCCGGGGCCUGCGCGUGCAGGGCUGUGACUCGGGGCCGGCCGGGGAGCCCCUGGCGCCGGCGCGGCUGCGGAAGAACGUCUGCUACGUGGUGCUGGCGGUGUUCCUCAAUGAGCAGGAUGAGGUGCUACUGAUCCAGGAGGCCAAGAAAGAGUGCCGUGGGUCGUGGUACCUACCCGCAGGGAGAAUGGAGCCCGGGGAGACCAUCGUGGAGGCGCUGCAGCGGGAGGUGAAGGAGGAGGCCGGGCUGCACUGCGAGCCCCUGACAUUGCUGUCUGUGGAGGAGCGGGGCACUGCCUGGAUCCGCUUUGUGUUCCUCGCUCGCCCCACAGGUGGAAUUCUCAAAACUUCUGAGGAGGCAGAUGCAGAAUCCCUGCAGGCUGGCUGGUACCCACGAACCUCCCUGCCCACUCCGCUGCGGGCCCAUGACAUUCUGCACCUGGUAGAGCUAGCUGCCCAGUAUCGCCAGCAAGCCAGGCAUCCUCUUGUUCUGCCCCAAGAGCUUCCCUGCAGUCUGGUCUGCCAGCGGCUCGUGGCUACCUUUACCAGUGUCCAGACAGUGUGGGUGCUGGUGGGCACAGUGGGGAUGCCUCACCUGCCCAUCACUGCCUGUGGCUUCACCCCCAUGGAGCAGAGAGGUGGCAUCAAGAUGGCUGUCCUGCGGCUGCUGCAGGAGUGUCUGACCCUGCACCACUUGGCAGUGGAGACCAAGGGGCUGCUUGGACUGCAGCACCUGGGAAAAGACCAUACAGAUGGCGUCUGCCUGGAUGUGCUGGUGACAGUGGCUUUUCGCAAUCCAGGCAUCCAAAACGAGCCCCCGAAGGUGCGGGGUGAGAGCUUCUUUUGGUGGAAGGUGAUGGAGGAAGACCUACAAAGCCAGCUCUUACAGAGGCUUCAGGAAUCAUCUGUCGUGCCAGUCAACAGAUAGGAAGGUGCCGUCACUGGGCAAGGAGCUGGGCAUCUGUGCUCCUCUCCGCCACGGCUUUGCCUCCCUCUGAGGAAGGCAGGAGGUUGGCAGUCAGGGAUCUUGUUGCAUUGGGAGCAGGGUAGUUCUCCUGGCUCUCAGGGGCACUUCCAUCUCUCCUCACUGUGGAGCAGGUCCCUACAUUGUACGAAAAGAGACAGUGCCUUUCACCAAGCAAGGAGUCCAGAGCUCAAGGACCCAAUUGCCCUGAGGGCACUACUCCCUAAGGGGAUGUGAGAACUUUCUGAACCUGAGAUGGCAUCUACUCAUCAUCUUCUGUGCCCACCCGCCUUGGUAAAGCUCCACAUCUGGGGUCUCAGGCACUUAAGACAUGGAGAGGAUGCUGGGGGAGGUCUUUCCAAGGGAGUGGGCCCCUUGCUGAGUAAAUAGGUGUUCCUUACUUUGCCUUCCCGCCUAAAUGUCUCUGUGGGGAAGAAGUGAGCAGGCAGGGGUACUGAAAAGCUCCUCCCCUUGUCCCACCAACAGCUAUUCAGGCCUUCCCAGGUGGCAAGCUGCCAUGCAGGUGAUGGGGCAGGCAGGCUUCCUGCCCCAGCCCCCUGCGGCUCCCUUCGUCUUGCCUGCCAAGGAGGGAUGUGAGCACGUCCUCAGAGAAAACAGAACUCUAGUCCCUCCAAGGUUUGAGCAGUGAGGCCAGGAGAAGCUUCCAGUGGGCAAGGAGCGGUGAGAGCUGCCCCUGCCUCUCUGCUGGAGUCUCUCUCCUUGAGCUUCUCCCAUGAUCCCUUCCCAGUCACUCUGCCAGCCCCCAGGCUCCUGCUUCUGCCUUUCUACAACUCCAGCUCAAGCCAGACUCAAACCCUUUUUUUAUUUCCCCUGAGCUCAGCUUAAUCAUGGUAAGAAUUAUUUUCUUAAAAAAAGAACUUUAUGAAAAUUUAAGGGAAAAUCAAAGGAAAUGAACAAAGAAUACAUUGUG